AUGUGCCCAGCUCGUCAGAUAUUUUGUUGUUGUCUGAUUCCCAAAUCUUCGCCGGCCGAAGCGGAAAAUUUAGCAAUGAAUGGCCAAGUAGACAGUCACGUGAAUGGGAACGGGUGCCCUCAUGAGCGGGUGGUCAUUCUUGACGCCGGAGCCCAGUAUGGAAAGGUGAUAGACAGAAAAGUUCGAGAGUUGAAUGUAGACUCAGAGAUCCUGCCCUUAGACAGUCCUGCCUACACCCUGAAGGAGAAAGGAUACAAGGCUAUAAUCAUCUCCGGAGGCCCCAGCUCCGUCAACGAUCCAUCGGCCCCACAUUACGAUCCAGACAUAUUCAGGUGUGGGUUGCCCGUACUGGGUAUAUGUUACGGUAUGCAGAUGCUGAACAAAGAAUUUGGAGGAAAAGUCACAAAGACAAAUACAAGAGAAGACGGACAGUUUGAAAUCACAGUCGACACAUCUUGCUUGUUGUUCAAGAAGUUGGAGGAGAAGCAGCAGGUGCUGCUGACUCACGGAGACAGCAUCACGCAGCUGGCUGAUGGGUUCAAGGCUGUGGCUCAUUCUGGCAGUUGUAUCUCAGCCAUAGCCAACGAGAAGAGCAAGUUGUAUGGUGUCCAGUUCCACCCAGAGGUGGACCUCACAGACAAUGGCAAGCAGAUGCUGCGCAACUUCCUGUUUGACAUUGCCCAGUUCAGCGGGGACUACACGAUGGCCAGCAGAGAACAGGCUUGUAUCCAGUACAUCAAAGACACGGUGAAGACGCACAAAGUUUUGAUGUUGCUGAGUGGGGGUGUUGACUCGACUGUGUGUGCUGCCUUGUUACACAAAGCCCUGAACGAGGAGCAAGUCAUUGCCGUGCACAUCGACAACGGCUUCAUGAGGAAGAACGAGAGCGAGCAGGUGGAACAGUCGCUGAAUAAUAUCGGCCUCAAAGUCAGAUUAAUCAGAGCAUCCCAUACGUUCUACAACGCCACAACAAAUGUUCACAUAGACAAAGACAGCGGCUCUCGCAAGAGGAAAACGAACACGUUAAAUACAACCACACACCCGGAGGAUAAGAGAAAGAUUAUCGGAGACACCUUUAUGAAGGUAGCUAACGAGGUCGUGGAGGAGCUGAAUUUGAAACCUGAGGAUGUUUAUUUGGGUCAAGGCACACUGCGACCAGAUCUCAUCGAAAGUGCGUCUUCUUUGGCCAGCGGGAAAGCAGACGCCAUUAAAACACAUCAUAACGACACUGACCUGGUGCGAGAGCUGCGUGACCAGGGACGUGUAGUCGAGCCCCUGAAAGACUUUCACAAAGACGAAGUCAGGGCCAUUGGUAAAGAUUUGGGACUCCCAGAGGAGUUUGUUCACAGGCAUCCUUUCCCAGGUCCGGGCUUAGCCAUCAGAGUGAUCUGUGCAGAUGAGCCGUUCAUGUGUAAAGACUUUGCUGAGAAUUCUGUGUUGCUGAGGAUUAUUUCAUCCUUCUCCGUGUCCUCGAAGACACCACACUCGCUGUUAAACAAGAUAAAGUCAUCGUCCAGUCCGGAUGAGCAGAACCAGUUGAUUAGGAUUACCUCCACUUCGGCAAUGACAUCUGUGCUUCUCCCAAUCAAAUCUGUCGGCGUUCAGGGAGACUGCAGAACAUACAGUUAUGUCGCAGCUUUGUCCAGCGACGAGGAGCCGGUCUGGGAGGAUCUGAUGAUUUUAGCCAAGAUUAUUCCGAGGAUCUGCCACAAUAUCAACAGAGUGGUGUAUGUGUUCGGGGGCCCGGUGUUGCACCAUGUUGAGGACGUGACCCCAACGUUUCUUACAACCGGUGUUCUGUCAACCCUAAGACAAGCAGACUACAAUGCCACUCGCACCCUGGCAGAGUCCGGCUAUUCUUCAGCUGUGUCCCAGAUGCCGAUUGUGCUAAUACCGAUUCACUUUGACAGAGACCCCAGCAUGCAUCUGCCUUCCUGUCAGCGGUCGGUGGUCAUUCGUACCUUCAUUACAAAUGAUUUUAUGACUGGAAUACCCGCGACGCCUGGCAAGCAAAUCCCUGUCAAGGUAAUCAACCAGAUGGUGGAGAACGUCCUCCAAGUUCCUGGAAUCUCUCGAGUCCUCUACGACCUCACAGCAAAACCACCAGGCACCACCGAAUGGGAGUGA